AUGGAUCUAGAAGACAAUGCAUUAGGUUUGACUCAAGAACAAACUGAUAAAAUGCUGCAGUUCCAAGAUCUCACGGGAAUCGAGGAUAUGUCAAUAUGCAGAGAUGUGUUGCAGAGACAUCAGUGGGACUUAGAGGUAGCAAUACAAGAACAGCUUAACAUAAGGGAAGGUCGUCCUUCAGUAUUUGCAACGGAGGCGAGGGCGCCGCCUGUUGUACAUGACCACAUAGCUCAACAAGUAUUUACAGAUGAGGCCCCGGAAGGCCCAGUAGGAGUGAGAGGAAUCUUCCGCUAUGUUGUCAACUUUGUUGUAUCUAUGUGUUAUAGUACAAUAACUUCUGUAUUAAACUUGCUCUUAAGUUUCGUUAGAAACAAUGAAAGAAGACUGGUAACAGACCCUCUCCGUGAUGUGAUGGGUUUCAUAAACAGCUAUACUUCAAGAUAUAACCCACACCCUGUUUUCUAUCAGGGUACAUAUGCACAGGCACUCAAUGAUGCUAAAAAUGAACUGAGAUUCCUUAUUGUGUAUCUACACUCAGAAUCUGCUACGGAGACACAAAACUUUUGCAGAACCACACUAUCAGACCCAGAGGUGAUCCAGUACAUAAACACCCAUGCUCUUUUUUGGGGUUGCUCUAUCGAUACAUCUGAAGGGUGGAGAGUUGCUCAGUCAGUAGGCGGAAGGCGUUACCCACUACUCUGUGUAGUGUGUGUUCGUGAACACCGCAUGACGGUUGUAGCGAGAAGUGAAGGUGCUUGUUCACCUCAACAAUUAUUACUGAGACUACAGAGGGUAGUUACAGAGAAUGAACCACACCUGGCCGCUGCUCGGGCUGACAGGGUGGAGCGCGAGGUGACGGCGCGGCUGCGCGCGGCGCAGGACGAGGCGUACGCGGAGUCGCUCGCCGCCGACCAGGAGAAGGAGCGCCGCCGCGCCGCCGCGCUCGCCGCGCGCCUGCAGCUCGAGCGCGAGGCCAAGACGCAGCAGCAGCUGGAGGAGCUGCGCCGGCUGGAGGUGAUGGCCGCUCGAGAAGACAUGGCUGCUUUGUUACCAGAUGAGCCGCAGCCGGGCGCAGACUCAAUGACGCUACUUAUACGACUACCUGGCGGAGAGCGACUCACGAGACGUUUUCUAUACACAGAUAAAACAAUGCAUCUAUACGAUUUCGUAUUUAGCCAUUCUCAAGCUCCAGAGGAAUUUGAAAUAACGACCAAUUUUCCUAAACGUGUAAUAGCUUCAGGAACAGCAACUUUACAAGACGUCGGACUUAAGGACCGUGACGUAUUGUUCGUCAAUGAUAUUAAUGCAUAGUUUAAAUAUAAAUAUUAUGUAAAUAAA